GAAAAACAAAACAAACAAUGGCACAAGUGCAACCAGCCCCGGAGCCAGAUCAACCAACACAACAACAACAGACGACGGUAAUAGUAAACCAGCCCAUAAACCAGCCCAUGCACAUGAACCCGAUGCAGCCGCAUCCACUUCGAGAGUGGAGUACAGGUCUAUGCGGCUGUUGCGAAGACGUCGGUGACUGCUUCUUCGCGUUGUGUUGUCCUACGUAUUACACCUGUAUGUUGUCCGGUAAACAAGGGGACUCUUGCUGGGGACCUUGCUGUGUUCCUGCCUGGACCACAGUCUUCAGGUCGCAUAUCAGAGGUGUCCACUCUAUAAAGGGAAGUAUUUGCAACGACUGCAUGGUGACCAACUGCUGUGGUCCGUGCGCCAUGUGUCAGAUGGGCAGGGAACUGACCAACAUUUUGAAAGGAGAUCCACGGGCCCUCCCACUUUCAUAGACCACUUCUUUCCGGAGACAGAGUGACAAACAUUGAAUUUUCUAAUGAUCCGUCCACGGCAAAACAAUGUACACAUGUCACUGUUUCUUUGUUCCAAAAUGGAUUAUUUACUCACUUACUAUAUUCUCCUGCUGAUGAAUGUAACAAAAAAACAAAACAAAAAAACAACAAAAACAACAAAAAAACACUGUGAUAAAACAACGUAGGCUAUAAAUGUCUGAAAACUUUUUAUUUUUGUGGGCACCAAUUUUUUUAAAAAAAAAUUAUUAAUUCAAACUGAGUUUUAGUAACGUUCAUAACGAUAUACAUACGUGGAUUCUUAAUAAUAAUAAUGUAUUGCUAUUGGAUGGUUCCUAUAACACACGUUGGAUUUUUAGAAUACGAUACAACAAAGCACUGUAACCAGGCAACCAAGUGAUUAGUACGAAGGCUUUCAACCAGAACUGCUCAUGUCAACAACAGCAACAAUAAUAAUAAUAACAACAAUCGAAAAGAAAGCCAUUUUUUUUCAAAUUACAUAGCUUUUAUCACCCUUAUUAUAUGAGUGUUCGCCCCAAAAAGCUAUAUGCUAAAAAUACUAGAAGUGGAUGCUAAAGGAUGGCUUCCUAUCAUUUUCGCAAAAAAUAGAUAAAACAAGUUUUUGUUGUUGUCCAUUGAAAAAUAUAACUGUUGGCUGUUAGUAAUAUGUAUGUAAAUUAGGCGGCAUUCAGGGCUGUGAUGUAGUUUAGCUUGUCAAAAGUUACUAGAGACUGUACCACUGAACGCGCCAAAUUUUAUUGCCAUUGUGGGAAUUCUGGUUGUAACUAUGUAGAUAUAAAUGUAUUGGUUAGCUGUCUAUUGCUGUCAUAGUAACAAAUAUUUAUAAACAAUAUCAGAUAUCGAAAUAUGUUUGAUUUUUUAAUUUGUAAGAUAAUUGUCAAUAAGGAUGAAAAACGUGUUUGGUCGUGUCGCUUUAAAUCUAUUUCUAAUGGUUGUAACUUGAAGUAGGUCGUCAUGCCACUCUACAUCUAUUUCUAAUGGUUGUAACUUGAAGUAGGUCGUCAUGCCACUCUACAUUUAGUUCUAAUGGUUGUAACUUGAAGUAGGUCGUCAUGCCACUCUACAUCUAUUUCUAAUGGUUGUAACUUGAAGUAGGUCGUCAUGCCACUCUACAUCUGGUUCUAAUGGUUGUAACUUGAAGUAGGUCGUCAUGCCACUCUACAUUUAGUUCUAAUGGUUGUAACUUGAAGUAGGUCGUCAUGCCACUCUACAUCUAUUUCUAAUGGUUGUAACUUGAAGUAGGUCGUCAUGCCACUCUACAUCUGGUUCUAAUGGUUGUAACUUGAAGUAGGUCGUCAUGCCACUCUACAUCUGGUUCUAAUGGUUGUAACUUGAAGUAGGUCGUCAUGCCACUCUACAUCUGGUUCUAAUGGUUGUAACUUGAAGUAGGUCGUCAUGCCACUCUACAUCUGGUUCUAAUGGUUGUAACUUGAAGUAGGUCGUCAUGCCACUCUACAUCUAGUUCUAAUGGUUGUAACUUGAAGUAUUUUUAUAAUGCCACUCUAGUUCUAAUGAUUGUAACUUGAAGUAUUUUCAUCAUGCCACUCUAGUUCUAAUGGUUGUAACUAGAAGUAUUUUCAUCAUGCCACUCUAGUUCUAAUGGUUGUAACUAGAAGUAUUUUCAUCAUGCCACUCUAGUUCUAAUGGUUGUAACUUGAAGUAUUUUCAUCAUGUCACUCUAGUUCUAAUGGUUGUAACUAGAAGUAUUUUCAUCAUGCCACUCUAGUUCUAAUGGUUGUAACUUGAAGUAUUUUCAUCAUGUCACUCUAGUUCUAAUGGUUGUAGCUUGAAGUAUUUUCAUCCUGCCACUCUAGUUCUAAUGGUUGUAACUAGAAGUAUUUUAUAAUACCACUCUAGUCCUAAUGGUUGUAACUUGAAGUAUUUUCAUCACGCCACUCUACCCGCUUGCUGACAAAGAAAACCAAAUAAAUCAAUAAACAACAAGGAGAUAAAGACGAAAUAACAGCUGGGUAUGAACUUCAUUUAGCCUUUGAAAGUCAUAAAUAAAUAUCAAAACUUUAUUAGGUUUAUACGAAGUAAAGUUUACACACAACAACUGGGUUUGAUUGCAAAAUACUUAGAUAUUAUCAUAAACAUAACUAAAAACUUUAUCAUAUUUCUCGGAAGUAAGGGUAACAUAUAAUAACAGCUGGGUAUGAACUUCAUUUAGCCUUUGAACGUCAUAAUUAAAUGUCAAAACUUUAUUAGGUUUAUACGAAGUAAAGUUUACACACAACAACUGGGUUUGAUUGCAAAAUACUUAGAUAUUAUCAUAAACAUAACUAAAAACUUUAUCAUAUUUCUCGGAAGUAAGGGUCACAUAUAAUAAUUGUUGAAAACUGAUGGAUUUGUUUUUAAAAACCACCACUUUGUCACUUUGUGGUGUUUGAAAAAUGCUAAAAUGGACUAAAAUCAGACUAAAAUGUAGUGUUUUGCGUACAAAAUAUGUAUUAGUGAACCUAUUUUUGCUCCAAUGGUAUAAAUGUUCACGAUUUAUAUUUCGAUAUUAAAAAACAACGUUAUAACA